AGAAUAGCCGUCAGCCAUCGGCCGAUUGCAGUUUUUCGGCAAGCCCAUAUAUAGACCUCGUAUCACCCCACAGGUGUCUGUGGGAGGUCUCUGGCGGUACUAUUCGUAUCUUAACCUUUCUAUAAAGCUAUUUGAGCAAGAAGUGGAGGGUCCCGAGGCGCCCCCUUUGUUGGGUUAUUGAGUCAUUCUUCGCUGUUAAUUUUCAAGACAUUGGCUUCUCGCCAUGUGUGAUCAGAUACCCAAGUGGAAUGUUGUCCACAAAUUGGAGAAGCGCAAGCUUCUCAUCGGCAUCAACAGUGUUGCGGCGUUGUCGAUUCUUUUCUUCGGCUACGACCAGGGCAUGAUGGCAGGAGUCAACAACUCGAAAGACUACAUCGACCUCAUGGGAUUCGGGUACACCGAGAUGAAGGACGGCUAUCUCACCCCAGUUGUGACGGACAGUCUGCUGCAAGGUGGAAUCGUGUCAGUCUAUUAUCUGGGGACAUUGUUCGGCGCACUCCUUGGUGGCUGGACCGGAGAUCGUAUUGGCCGGAUCAAGACCAUUGCGGCAGGCGCUCUCUGGGCUAUUCUUGGUGCUGCAUUGCAGUGUUCCGCGCAAAACCACAACUGGAUGAUUUGCUCGCGUUUUAUCAAUGGCAUUGGCACUGGUAUUCUGAACGCAAUUGUUCCGGUCUGGGCGACAGAGACUGCCGAGCACACAUCUCGAGGACAAUUUAUUGCAAUUGAAUUUACUCUGAACAUCUUCGGUGUCGUCCUAGCUUAUUGGCUGGAAUUUGGACUGUCCUUCAUCGAUGGGGGGAAGUCUCCAUUCCGCUGGCGAUUCCCGAUCGCGUUCCAAAUCAUCUUUUUACUCCUCCUGUUUGUCGUUGUUUGGUUUUUCCCAGAGUCCCCACGAUGGUUGGUUAAAGUCGGUCGCGAGCAAGAAGCCCGCUACAUUCUUGGGCGGCUCCGUGGAAGCAGCGAUGAGGACGCAGUUCGCGCUGAGGCGGAGUUCCGGGACAUCCAAAACGUGGCAGAGAUGGAGAAAAGCAUGAACCAUAGCACUUCUUAUUUGGCGAUGCUCUUCGGCUACAAAACAGGCAAGCUACAUCUUGGGCGACGUGUCCAACUGGUAGUCUGGCUGCAGAUCAUGCAGGAAUGGGUCGGCAUUGCUGGUGUUACCGUUUAUGCUCCAACUAUCUUUAGCAUUGCUGGAUUCGACUCGAUGAAGAGCCAGUGGAUCAGUGGUUUGAAUAAUGUCUUCUAUAUGUUUGCUACCCUUGUCUGUGUCUUCACACUUGACCGGAUUGGUCGUAGGUGGACUUUGUACUGGGGAUCCACCGCGCAGGGUAUCGCCAUGUUCCUAGCCGGAGGCUUCUCCCGGCUUGCCAUUGAUGCCCGAGCGGAUGGAAAUCUCUCUCGGGCCAACUCCUUUGGCGCCGCCGCAGCGUCGAUGGUCUUCAUUUUCACUUCUGUCUUUGGAGCUACGUGGUUGACAGUACCAUGGAUCUAUCCUGCUGAGAUAUAUCCGUUGGCGGUCCGCGCAAAAGGAAACGCCUGGGGUGUUGUGGGAUGGAGUAUUGGAAACGGCUGGCUGACUCUGUUGUGCCCAGUGAUGUUCGAGGCCAUCGGCGAAAAGACGCUGUAUGUAUUUGCGGCCAGCAAUGUCAUCACCAUCCCGAUGGUAUGGGCUCUUUAUCCGGAGAGUAACCAGCGGACACUGGAGGACAUGGACUUGCUGUUUGCUGCCGAUACACCCUGGGUGUGGGAUGCCGAGCGCACUUUCGCCCGUCUCAAGGCGGAAAAUCCAGGGUACAUUGAAACAGCCAACCGCAAGAACAGCGCGGUGGAUCCGGAGAUGGGGAAGCCGACAGAUGCACAUGAGGAGCAUGCUUUGAGUGCGUAGUGGGGAGGACUUUUUGCACAUGGAUGAGGAACGACUCAACGAGGUGACGGUUGAACACGCUAUAAUAUACAUGUAGAUCAGGGAUACCCACUUGUGCGAUAUACCCGACGCCAUAUUGCAAAGACUGGU